GACUGCGAGCGCGGAGCGGCGAUCAUUUCGAGUUCACCCGUCGGCUGCCGUUCCCGUGUGCCUGGGCCAUUCGUUUCUGCGAGUUUCAGAAAUUGUACGAUUCGCCGGAGCCACCAGUCGCCAUCAGUUCAGCACCAUGGCAUAUCGAUCGAGAAAGCAUACGUAUCUCAAAAAAUAUAUCGAUAACUUAUUUUACAAAAUCAAUAUCAGAUGUAUAGUUUCGUUGACAAAAUUAGCCCCAGAAGAUAUCGAAAAUUAUAAAUUGAGCUUAAUUAAAAAUAAGGAAAAUACCGCCAAAGAAGAGAUUAAUAUAUCUGAAGAUGAUAAAACGUCUAUAAGCGAUAAUAAGUUAAAAAAUGAUGAAAAGUCCAAAGACAUCAAAACGUCUAAAGACAUUAAAACGUCUAAAGAUAUUACAACGUCUAAAGACAUUACAACGUCCAAUGAUAUUUCAACGUCCAAAGACAUUACAACGUCCAAUGAUAUUUCAACGUCCAAAGACAUUACAACGUCCAAUGAUAUUUCAACGUCCAAAGACAUUAAAACGUCCAAAGACAUCAAAACGUCUAAAAACAUUAAAACGUCUAAGGAUAAUAAAGCAUCUAAAGAAGAUGCAGAUGAGCCUGCUAGAAAAAAACCAAAACUGGAUACUGAUGGAAGAGACAUUUUGAAAUUGGUAUUAUCUAGAGAGGGUGAAACUCAUAAAUUUAAAUCACAAUUCAAAUCUUCAUUAAAACUUAAUAACGAAAUUGCUUCUACCAGUACUGAGGAGGUACCUAUAGUAAUUGAUUGUGAAGAAUCUGCCGAACCUGCAAAUUCUUCAGCUAAAAAUGAAGAACAAUCGAUCUUUGUUAUUGAUGUUAAAAAAAUGAUGGAUGAAGAUAAUUACAAAAAGUGGAUGAAAAUGAUCAGUUCGGACAAAAGCCCCAAUCAUCAAACAAAUCCAGCGAAAAAGUCAACAGUUGCUAAACUUCCUAUUAGUGCACCUAAGGCAAAUGUAGGUAAACGCCCUGUAAAUAGUAAAAGAUAUGCAAAAGAGCAUUUAUUUAAAGUCGAAAACUUAUAUAACAAAUAUUUUAAUAAAUCUGUAAAAGAUACUAUUGUGGUUAUUGCGAAUAUACUUAACAUCAUUUCAAUGUCUAACAAACAUCACAAAUCACGAAUGGAUGAAUCUUUUAAGAAAAAAACUGAAGCCGAAAAACUUAAAGAAAGAUGUGAUGCUAACCGUGUACACGGAAGGCAUAAAAAAAUUCUUGAAACAAUGCUGAAGAGCAAUUUUACAGACGUCGUAAAAUGUUUUGUAGGGUUGGAUUUUGAUUCAGCAUUUCAAAUGUUUUUUUUAAGUAUAUUAACUGUACUUCGAGUUUUGGAUGAGCCAAAAUUCAAAAAAGGUAGCAUCUUCAAAAAUUUAGUACUUUUAUUAUGGAAUAGUUUAAAAAACAGCGAUUACAACGAUUCCAAAGUUUUUACAAUGUUCCGUUCAAAGACGUUUCGACCUGAAUGCAUCGAUUUAAUCAGUCUAAUUGAAGAUAGUCGGGAUAUUGACCCGGGAGUCACCGAUCGAAUGUCAUUGUUUUUUGUAUCAACAGUAGACAGCCGGGAAUGUUUUCAAGCAGUUAUUGAUGCUGUCACCAGUGAUUCGAACGAAGAUCUGGGAUUAUUAUUGAAUCACUCUAUCUCUCAAUGUCGAGCUAAUUCAAAGUUUAAAGAUACUGUUGAUUCCUCAACUGUACAACGUUCGAAUGCUAAAAUACCAGUGACAGCAACUAUUCAGAGCCCUAUCAACUCUGAUGGAAUAAUUAAGCACUGGUUCCUAGCCAAAAAUCCAGAUGGAACUUACCAACAAAUACCAAUAAUAAAUGCCCAUAAAUCCCAAACCAUUGGUAAUACAGCAGGAGAACAAUCAAUUGGAACGAGCCAGCCAUUAAAUAACUUCUAUCAAUCAUUCACUUCUUCACUGCCAAAGACAAUUUAUGAACCUUCUACUUCUAAAAUGAUACCAGCAAAUAAAUGCUUUGUUGUUGGGCCAACUAAUUCCCAUGUUCCUUUGGUACAAGUAAAGGGAUCAUUGUCAGGAGCUGCAACAUCAAUACCAACAACAACAACAUUUGUGACAUUGAAACCAACAAUUCAGAAUAAAAAUUCCAUGCCAAACAGUUCUAUUAUAACAGCUGAAGGUGGCACUAUUCUACUUGGUAACAAACAGUAUCAAUUGGUUAAGCGGCCCUUGCCAUCAGGUCAGAUGAGAACAAUAGUCAAUAAUAGUAAUAUAUCAGUUAAAUCACCUCAAACUCUUUUUACCAGGUGUUUUGCCAAAAAUUGUAACAACCCUGCAAAAAUAAUGUGCAGUACCUGUACAUCAGUAAAAUACUGUAACCAUACGUGCCAACGAUUGGACUGGUAUGAUAGUCAUAUAAAUGACUGUGAACGAAUGCUAAACGAAAAAACUCAUCCUUAAAUUCUCCUAUACGUAUAUAAAUAAUUUCAACGUGGUAUAUUUGUAUUAAAGUGUUUUUCAUAAAAACGUUUUUAUUUAAAAAAAAAAAUGGAUUAUGUCUUUAUAUUUUGAUAUUUCUUAAAUUUAACAUAGUUAAAUCACCUAUAAUUAGAUUUGUAAUUAAGUUUGUAUAAUUCCAGUUGAUUGCUAUUAAGUUUAAUCUAAUAUUACUACAUACUUUUUAGGGUCUUGAUGUUCUUUUUUUUUUUAGUACCUCAGCUAUUGUUUGUUUUUUUCCAAGCAGGAAUCACCAAACUUUAUAACUAUAAAUUACAUAUUUUUUAUGUGAUAUACUUAGUUUGUAAAUAAAUAAAAAAAAACUCAUUCAAGAGAGACUGAGUAGAAUAGGCCUUUGGUACUGAUCCUACUAUGGUAUGUUAAGGAUACCAACACAGCCAAAAAAAAAAAAAAAAAUUA